AAAUCAUAAAAAAUGAUGGGCUGUGUCACUGACUUCUUCACUUAUGAAACAACUAAAUCUGUUGUUGUGAAAAGCUGGACGAUUGGAAUAAUCAACAGAGCCGUGCAAUUGCUCAUCAUAACAUAUUUUGUUUGUUGGGUGUUUCUCCAUGAAAAAGCUUAUCAGAUUCGUGAUUCCUCCAUUGAAUCCUCUGUUAUGACCAAAGCGAAAGGUGUUGGCCGUUACAGUGAUAGAGUGAUGGAUGUAGCAGAUUAUGUCACACCUCCACAGGGUUCCUCUGUAUUUGUUAUUCUCACAAAGCUGAUUACAACUGAAAAUCAAGUACAGUCUGCCUGCCCUGAGACUGAUUACAAAUAUAAAUGCUUAAAUGACAGUCACUGCAAAAAAGGCAAGCCUACAGGCAAUGGUUACCUCACGGGACACUGUGAAAAGGAUUUUUGUCAGAUUCAGGGUUGGUGCCCAACUGAAAAUGACACUGUUAAAGUGCCUAUCUUGAUGGAAGCAGAGAAUUUUACAAUUUUUGUGAAAAACAGUGUGAGAUUUCCUUUGUUUGACUUUGAAAAGGGUAACUUACCUGAUAACCUAAAUUGCCGAUAUAAUCCAAAAACACAUCCUUUCUGUCCAAUCUUCCGACUUGGAGACAUCUUGAAACUAGCAGGUCAGAACUUUACAAACCUAGCAGACAAGGGUGGUGUGAUGGGAAUUAAGAUUGGUUGGUUAUGUGAUCUGGAUCAGUCCUGGGACCUGUGUGUCCCUAAAUACAGCUUCACAAGACUGGAUAGUGUUUCACAAAAGAGCAAUAUUUCUCCAGGAUACAACUUCAGAUUUGCCCGGUAUUACAUGCGUCCAGAUGGCUCUGAGUUCCGAACUUUAAUUAAAGCCUUUGGAAUACGAGUGGAUGUCAUUGUUUAUGGCAAUGCUGGGAAAUUUAACAUAAUACCAACUCUCAUCAAUAUAGUUGCAGCAUUUACCUCUGUGGGUGUGGGGACUGUUCUGUGUGAUAUAAUUUUAUUAAACUUUUUGAAAGGAGCCGACCAAUAUAAAGCUAAGAAGUUUGAGGAGGUCUCAGAUUCCAGCCCACCUUUGGGAAGUCAGAUAUAUAAAAGUGACCAGACACUGACUGGACGUGGUGAUGAGAAAAGAUCUACAGAUUCUGGGGCCUAUUCUAUUGGACUGUGAUAUUCCUUCUGCAACUUCUGUACAGCAAUCAUGUUCCCACUUUGUUAUUUCCCUUUAAAUACUCUUAUUUCAGUUUGGUUCAGUCUAACCUAAAUGACGGACCUGCAGGCUAUCUGUCUUUUUACCUUUGUUAUGUGACUUCUGUAACUUCUCUAGCUCCCCUAUGGCACAAAGUACAUUUUUGCAGGUGCAUAUUUCUUGAACUAAAUCUCAAUGUGAUUUCUUUAAAUUUAUCGGCCAGAGUAAAUUCUACUUUAAAAUA